AUGGAAAAACCCGACAAAACUAUGGUUGGGGCUGUUGAGGAGGCUCGGCCGACGGUCGCAGAUCUACACGGCGAUAAUCUAUUUGCUCAAGCCGCCAAAAAGUAUUGGCUUACGGAGAAACCUGUGAGGUUUAAGCCAGAAGCUUUGAAGGCGGAAUUCUACGACCCACUGGAGAAGGAUGGCUUUCGCUUCCGGUCACUGCUAAUCCUUGAGAACCUUCAGUUUCUUGAAAAAUUAUUAUGGCCCAAUUUCACGGAAACUGCCUCGAAUUACCAUGUCGUACUGAUCGCGCUGAUGGUGAACGUCAAGAGGCGGGAGAAUCUCAAAAUUUGGGAGUACAUAUCUUUGUUGCCCGACCAUUUCCCACCUCUCUUCCGUCGCAUAUUGUUUAUGACCAUUGAUCGCGGGACCCCCCAACCCAUAAGAAACCACCUUUUAACCUUCAUCGUUACCGCAUUUCAAUCGCUCGAUAGUGGUCUAGUGAGGAAAGAGUGUGCUCCGCUAGUUUCGAUAUCCAUAUGGAACAAUCUUUCAAGUGAAGAAGUACGGAAUGCACGGCUGGCAAAAUACCCCCAGACCAAGAAAGCGUGGAGGGCAGCUGGAAAGCGGUUUGAUUCAGCCGAUGAUAGCACAAAGGAUCGGUUGCGAUUCGAUAGACUGUGGCUUUUUGAAAUGAUUUUGGAUUUCUUAAACAUGAUGUAUAAGCCAUUGGAUCAACAGGAAGGUGAUAUCCUCAAUUAUUGCGAGCGGUUCAUUGAGCUUCUAACGGAUCUCGAAUCUCAGAUGCCGACAAGGCGAUAUGUUAACUUCUUGUUAAAGGAUCUACACGUGCUCACAGCAAUUAAAUUAUCACCCCUUUAUACGAGUUCUGAGAAUGGUCUAUUCCGUGAUCUUUAUGCAUUGCUCUUCCAUUACAUCAACUUUUCGAUUGACGAUCACACUGGAUUGCAGCUUUCCCAGGAGGAGUCCCGACAAAUACAUAAUGCAGAUUUAGCAAAACUCCAAAGAACAGCGUUCAAGCAUUUCAAAGAUAAAUUGACUAUUCUAGCUCUAGCCAAUUACGGGAGCAUUGGGCAACGAGAUGAACUCGCGUCCCACAUUGCAGAGUUGGGGGAUGGAGAGGUGGUAGAGUUGUGCCACCUGUUAGGGCUACGCACAGAAUAUCCACAAAAGGUUGUUAUGUCUGUAGACCGAGCUUUUUUGACAGAGGCAAUAUUAUUGUGUCAUGAGAAGAGAAAGACAUUUCAGGAACAGGCGAAGGAAUUGCCCGUGUUGCCAAACCAGGAUACACUCUUUGAGUCUUCUUUACUCCGUAAUGAAUAUUAUGACGGGUCUGGGCCUCUAGCCAUUCCUAAACUCAAUUUGCAAUACUUGACUGUCGGGGACUUUCUAUGGCGGUCUUUUAUCCUUUAUCGAUGCGAAGCAUUUUUUGCAAUUCGAAGAGAUAUUGAGGAUUCGUUACAUCGUCUUGCGCCAAAGCUUUUGCACCCAAGUAUGACUACCCAGUUCCACGGGUUCUCCAAGAUGGCUUUAUUGAUCACAAGACCUUCAAUACUUGAAACGGCCCCACCCAAAGUCGGCGAAGAGAAGCCAGCGUAUGUUCGUGCAGAAAUUAGUCUUGACUACGCUCGGCUCUCCGAAGACGUUCGGCGCGAUUGGGACUCUCUUCGGCCAGAUGACGUGGUCUUUCUACUUGCCGUUAAGGGAGUUGAUGAGGGCGACCGAGUGAUCACCAAUGGAUCGCCCGAUAAACUGAAUACGGCGGAAAAGUUCGGGGUCAAGUACUUGAGGGCCGCAGAAGUCAUACAGCUGCUUGAUCAGGAUGGGCGACUAAUUAAAGCCGGCGAUGGCCAGGCUCGGAGAGCGGGUGGAAGGCGUAGGCUCCAUGUUCGCCUAGAUCCGGAAAUGUACAAGAUCGACGCAGAUGACCUGAAGGCCGGCAAGCCAGAUGCCUACGACUCCAUAAACGUGUUGAUCAGGCGAAAAGGAAGAGAAAACAAUUUCAAGCCUGUCCUUGAGUCAAUUCAAGAACUUACUCAGGCUGACGUGCCCAUGCCGAUAUGGCUACAGGAGGUCUUCCUAGGAUAUGGGGACCCGGCCGGGGCACAUUACUCCAAACUUCCGAAUCAGCCAAGGUUGGUUGAUUUCCGGGACACAUUCCUUGAUUGGCAACAUUUGGUAGAGAGUUUCCCAGGAAAAAAACUGAAGCCCAAGGAAGGUUCGCAAGAGGGGUGUGAUCCUCCCUAUGUGAUCUCGCAAAAAACUGCCGCAGAGCAACCCAAGCCCGCAAGGAAGCGCAGAAGAGGCCAAGAGGAUAACCCCGACAAGGAGGAAUCCUUGGAGGUCUCAACCUAUAAGCUUCCGAAUAUGGGGCCUUAUCCAAUUGAUGUGCCGCGUUCGAAUCAUAUCAAGUUUACCCCAACACAAGUAGAGGCUAUCCGCUCUGGCACCAACCCCGGUCUUACAGUGAUUGUCGGCCCGCCCGGGACUGGAAAGACUGAUGUCGCUACUCAAAUCAUCAGCAACCUGUAUCACAAUUUUCCUGCCCAACGCACUCUAUUAAUAGCCCAUAGCAAUCAAGCCUUGAAUCAACUUUUUGAGAAGAUCACCGCUCUAGAUAUCGAUGAGCGGCAUUUGCUUCGAUUGGGGCAUGGCGAGGAGGAGUUGAAAACAGAUACCAAUUAUAGCAAGCAGGGGAGGGUGGAAUCCUUCAUGGACAACCGCGUGAAACUGUUGGCAGAAGUUGACCGAUUAGCUGCCACUCUAGGCGCUCCCGGUGCGCAUGGUGAUUCCUGUGAGACUGCGGAUUACUUCAAUCUAGUUUAUGUUAAGCCAGCGUGGGCGAGGUAUCAGAAAGUGCUGUCUGAGGGAGGACUCGCGUUGGAGAAGCUCUAUGACAGCUUCCCAUUCCAUCAGUACUUUUCGAAUGCUCCCAAGCCGAUGUUUUCGCAGGGCUUGUCCCUGGAGGAAGCCAUCGAGGUAGCAGAGGGUGGCUAUAGGCACAUUGGGAAAUUGUUCACGGAACUGGAGGAUAUUAGGCCGUUCGAGUUACUGAAAACUUCAAGGGACAGGCAGAAUUAUUUGCUCACCAAAGAAGCAAGGAUCGUCGCUAUGACCUCGACCCAUGCCGCAAUGAAGCGCGCCGACAUUGCGAAGCUGGGCUUCGAGUAUGACAACGUCGUGAUGGAAGAAGCCGCACAGAUCACGGAGGUUGAGACUUUCAUCCCGCUAGCCCUGCAAUCUCCGAGGGGAGGCGAGCUUCCCCUGCAGCGCGUGGUACUAUGCGGAGAUCACUAUCAGAAUUCACCCAUUGUGCAAAACAUUGCAUUUAGGCAGUACGCCAAUCUUGAGCAGAGCCUAUUUGCAAGGUUGGUAAGGUUGGGGGCCCCAACCGUCAAUCUAGACCAACAAGGACGUGCGCGCGCGUCUAUUUCUAGGUUGUACAAUUGGCGCUAUCGCGAGCUUGGGAAUCUGCCUCUAUUGGAAUCGCAGCCGGAAUACCAGACUGCGAAUGCUGGUUUCCGCCACGAAUUCCAAUUCAUCAACGUUAAGGAUUAUAAGGGCCAGGGAGAGUCCGAGCCCACGCCACACUUUAUCCAGAACCUUGGAGAAGCAGAAUACGCGGUGGCUAUAUACCAGUACAUGCGUCUUCUCGGCUACCCCGCCGAAAAGAUAACCAUACUGACCACAUACCUUGGCCAACGUUCCCUCAUCCGGGAUGUUCUCAAUCGACGAUGCGCGAAGAUCUCCUUGUUCGGAAUGCCCGCAUCCUUGACCACAGUGGACAAGUACCAGGGAGAACAAAACGACUACGUGAUCCUCUCCCUCGUUCGCACGAAUCGCGUUGGCUACUUGCGUGAUAUCCGCCGCAUGACAGUUGCCCUGUCCCGUGCCCGGUUAGGCUUGUAUGUAGUUGGCCGCCGGGAGGUCUUCGAAAGUUGCUACGAGCUGUCGGAAGCAUUCUCCCGUUUGCUGGAGAACAAGAGCGAUAAGCUUGAAAUCGUUACCGGCGAGAUGUGGCCUACGGAUAGGAGGGAGAAAACUAAGGAGGGGACAGAAAUGGAGAACGUGGAGCAUAUGGGCCAAUACGUUUACGAGAUGACCAAGACAAGAGGAGAGCAUGAGGCCGGUCAAGCAGUAGCAGCUUCUCUCGUGCAAUAAAAAAUCUCCCGGGUCUGGUUAAACCAGUGUUGGACACCAGCUGGUGCGGGGAAUUGUGUAAUAGUAUUCUCUUCAUUUUAUACCGAUCAAGUUGCAAAAGG